AUGUCCAAUAUUGACAACAAAAAUAAAAAUUUGUCAUUAUUAAAAAAUAAAAAAAAAACUUUUACACCAAAAGAUAUUAAGAAAUGUAUAAACGAUGGACAAAUAGUUAUAAUUUAUAAUGAUAAAGUUUAUAAACUUAACAAAUGGAUAAAAUAUCAUCCAGGUGGUGAACUUGCUAUCUUGCAUGUAAAUGGCAAAGAUGCAACUGAUGAAAUAAAUGCUUUCCAUCCUGAAUACAACAAAAAACAGAGUAAUAAAGUAGAAGAUGAGUGGAAAGAAGAAGUUUAUAAUUUAUCGUCAGAGGAACAAAAAAACAUAUCAAUUGCUUAUAGAAAAUUAGACAUUUUAAUAAAAGAAAAAGGCCUGCACAAGUGUAAUUACUUUAAUUAUUUACUUGAGACUAUAAAAUACAUACUAUUAAUUUAUUCAGCAUGGUAUCUAGUAUUAAACAACCCAAACAAUGAUUAUUCCUACUAUAUAUUAAGUGCAAUCUUCCUUGGAGCAUUUUGGCACCAACUUGCAUUCACAGCACAUGAUGCAGGACAUAAUGGUAUAACACACAACCUAGUUAUCGAUAAUCUGAUCGGUGUGUUCAUUUCAUCAUUUUGUGGUGGUUUGAGUAUUGGAUGGUGGAAAAGAAAUCAUUAUGUUCAUCAUAUUGUAACAAAUCAUCCUGAACAUGAUCCCGACAUUCAACAUAUACCAUUUUUUGCCAUCACAACAAAACUAUUUGGAGGUUUAUAUUCAACUUUUUAUAAAAGAAAAAUGGAAAUUGAUCCAAUAGCAAAACUUCUGAUCUCUUACCAACAUUUCACCUAUUACCUAAUCUUGUGUUUUGGUAGAUUUAAUCUUUAUUUCCUUGUAACAAUGUUGUUGCAUGUACAAAUCACACUAUCACAUUUUGGUAUGUGUACAAAAGAUUUUGGUACCAAUGAAUCAUUCUCAAGAAAAAUGUUACGCACAACUAUGGAUGUUGAUUGUCCUUGGUGGAUGGAUUGGUUUCAUGGUGGCUUGCAAUUCCAAGCUAUACACCAUCUUUUUCCAAGAAUACCAAGACACAAUCUUAGAAAAUGUCAACCAUUGGUGAUGCAAUUUUGUCGAGAAGCCAAUCUCCAAUAUCAUCUAUAUGGUUUUGUUAAAGGCAAUAGAUUAGUCCUUAGCGCACUUAGAGAUGUUGCUAAUCAAGUUAAAUUAUUAGGAAAAGUUGCAAAAUCACAUGUUGAUAGACACAACAUGGUGAAAAAUGAGUAA